UGGCAGAGCUGAACAGCCUUCUUAUCACUGAGAAGUUACCAGAUUUUUUUUUUCAUCUAAGGUCGACACAAAUCAUUAGCCCUGCGUUAGCAGGCUUCUUCAUUUCAGCAAUGAGAAAACGUCUGAUCCAGAUAUUUGGCUUCUUAAUCUCAUCACUGGGAUGGUUGUUUGUGAUGUGCACCUUGGCAAUGGACUAUUGGAGGGUUUCCCGAAUAGGAGGACAAGGAGGCUCGUUCAUCAUCAAGGUGGCCUGGUACUGGUCCAACCUGUGGAACGACUGUUUCACAGAUUCUACGGCUGUGACCAACUGUAGAGAGUACCCUGUUCUCUGGAAUAUUGAGUAUUACGUCCAGGCAGUGAGGGGAUUGCUGUUGUGCGGGAUGGGUCUUGGAUUUCUUGCCGUAACAUGUUGCUUUAUUGGGAUGGAGUGUACUUAUAUUGGUGGAUCUGACAGAACCAAGGACAAAGUGCUCUUCGCAGGAACAGUGUUUCAUUUUGCCGGUGGUGUUUUGGGCAUUGCUGCCUACAGCUUAUACAUCAACAGGGUUGCCAGAACAGCUUUAGCUCGGGCAAAGUUGCCAGGAGUUUUGCGGUAUGAGUUAGGACCUCCUGUUUUUUUAGGAUUGGUGGGAAGCAUUUUAAUCCUGCUGGGGGCUGGACUUUAUGCUGUGACAGUGUAUAAAGUAAUCCUCCCUGAAAGACAAGUAGUACAAGACUAUGGAAAUCACACAUACAUGGACCCUGUCUCCAGAGGAAGAACCAUGUACUCCGGAUACUAUAGACCCUCCGGGCUGUAUGGGUCUAACUAUAUGGGCUCAGGACGAUCAAGCAGCUCCCAUCUCUUAACGCUCCCUCAGACAACACCAACAAAACUCUCAGUCAAAGAUGCAUUUGUCUAAUUGGUCUGUUUUAACACAAACUACAGCUAAACUUUUAGACAGGAUGAAACUACUUUGUUUGUCAAGCCCAUAUCAUGUUUUGUUUCCUUUAAUACACAUAAUGCU